UCUUAACAGGAAAUUAACAGAAUGCCUUACAAUAAUAGACACAGCACAUGGAUUUCCUUACCAAGCACACACAUGUGUGAGUGUGUGUCAGGAACCAUGCUGGUUUAGCAGAGAGUAUGUUUCCAUGUCCAAGUUCUCUCUCUCUCUCUCUCUCUCUGUCUCUCUCUCUCUCUCUCUCUGUCUCUCUCUCCAUUGCUCAGAUCAGCAGCUAGCAGCCUAUAGGAGAUACACACUCACUUGUCUCUCAGAGCACCACGCAUCAUGCUUCCUCCUCUCCUCCUUUCCUCUCUCUCCUUUUCCCUUGCUUUUCUUUCAGAUUCUUUAGGUUCUGAUAUGUGUCCGUUGGGUCAGUUUCCAUGUGGGAAUCUGUCAGUGUGUUUGCCUCAACCACAGCACUGCAACGGGCAGCAGGACUGUCCUAAUGGAGCAGACGAAGAGAACUGCGUGGAUAACAGUGGUUGGCCCCAUCUGUUUGAUGCCUUCAUGAAAACAAGGGUCCAGGAAUCAAAAGAGUGCAUGUUGGACAUCUAUCCAAAUGUGUGUCAUUGUGAGGGUCGGAAGGUGAACUGUAAUGGCAAAAACCUCCUCCAUGUACCUGUUGUAUCCUCUAAUGUAACUGCGCUAGAGCUGAACAGUAACAGGAUUGAAUCUCUCUCUCGUGAUCUGUUCAUCCGCUAUAGACACCUGGAGAGACUGCAUUUGGAAAGUAACAGUAUAGAAAUGAUCUCCAAGAGGGCAUUUGCAGGACUGAUCUCUUUGCGUAAACUUUUUUUGAGUCAGAAUAACAUCACGUCUUUGAAAGCAGGAAUAUUUAAUGACCUCGGCAGUCUGGAGUGGCUGAUUUUGGAUGAAAACAGAAUAUCGUCUCUGCGUCAGAAGUCUUUUGAAGGCCUGAAAUCUUUAUUUUUUCUGUCUUUAUUAAAUAACACUGUUGAACAGUUUCCUAAAACUUCAAUUUGUCUUGAGAUGCCCCGUCUCAACUGGCUGGAAAUGGAGGGGAACAGAAUUUCAUCUCUCUGGGCAUCUAGUUUUAAGAACUGCUCCUAUCUUACCGUCUUAGCGUUAAGGAGAAAUCGCAUCAGCACCAUUGAGGAGGGAACAUUUGCAGACAUGCAAAGAUUGAUAGACCUAGAUGUGUCGGUGAACCAGAUUAAAGACCUGCCUCCAUCUCUGUUCCAGAACCUCAAGAACCUCAAACAGCUAAAUAUUUCCAACAAUCCCUUGGCGCAUAUAUGCGACAAUCAGUUUGACAGUUUGGUGAAUCUACAGUCACUGAGUAUGGAAGAGGUAGAGAUUCCCAACAUCAGCAUCAGGAUGUUCCGGCCCCUAACUAACCUCACUCACAUUUAUUUUAAGCGUUUUGAGUUCUGUGGAUAUUCUCCCAACGUGCGGAGCUGCAAGCCAAACACAGACGGCAUCUCAUCCUUUGAGAAUCUGCUGGCAAACAUCAUUCUGCGCGUGUUUGUCUGGGUCGUCGCCUUCAUCAUUUGCUUCGGAAACAUCUUCGUCAUCUGUCUGCGGUCCUGUAUCGCUUCAGAGAAUCAACAUCACACCAUGGCCAUCAAAUCCCUCUGCUGUGCAGACUGUCUCAUGGGCGUGUAUCUGCUUUUCAUCGGUGCCUUUGACAUCAAGUAUUGCGGCGAGUACAACCGUCAUGCUCAGAUAUGGAUGGAGAGCCUGUCCUGCCAGCUGAUUGGCUCUCUGGCCAUGUUGUCCACAGAGGUCUCUGUCAUGAUGUUGACCUACAUGACACUAGAGAAGUACCUGUGCAUCGUCUUCCCCUUCCAUCAUUACCGUCCCGGACGAAAGCAGACCCUCUGCUCACUGACCUUAAUCUGGCUGCUAGGAUUUAUCAUUGCCGUUAUUCCCUUCUGGGAUAAACAGACAUUUGGAAAUUUUUAUGGGCGGAAUGGAGUAUGUUUCCCUCUUCACUCAGACCAGACAGAGAAACCUGGAGCCAGAUGCUAUUCUACAGCCAUUUUUCUCGGUCUAAAUCUGCUGGCUUUCGUGGUAAUUGUAUUCUCCUACUCCAGUAUGUUUUACUCUGUCCAGAAGACGGCGAAGACAGCACGUCAAACAGUUUUCGAUCGAGAAGUCACUAUUGCAAAGAGAUUUUUCUUCAUUGUGUUCACUGAUGCCAUGUGCUGGAUCCCCAUCUUCAUCUUGAAGAUACUCUCACUACUAAGAGUACAGAUUGCAGGCACCAUCAUUCUGUGGGUGGUGAUAUUUAUCCUGCCCAUAAACAGCGCCCUGAACCCCAUCCUGUACACUAUCACAACCAGCGCCUUUCAGCAGAGACUCAAACUGUGUUUGAAAUAUCGCUGCCAGCAGACAAACUGACACAAGCACACACAUACGCACACUAUGCACCUGCUCUGAGUUUAAUAUUCCAUGUGGAAUAAAAAGUAAAUAGAUGACAGGAUAAUGACCACACACACACACACAAGAUGCUCUCGUUCUCAGCUCAAGCUAAUAAGGCUUAUAAGGGCCUGUAGGGUUGAAGUCAUGAGAGCAUACACGGAAACAUUAAGCAGCAUACCAUCAGAAAUAAUAUAUGCAUUUGCCAUCAAUAUGUAAAACCAGGCCUUAUAUGAAAAAAAGAAACAAAGAAAUCACGUACAUGCAAAAAAACUGCCAAAUAGAUGUAGAGCAUUGCGUGUACAGGCAGGGAAAGCCAAACUCUGGCUGUCAGAGGAUGCAGGCAGGAAACAGUUCAGGACGAACCCGGCAGGGUGACAAUUGGAACCCUUCCAACUCAUUUAAUUGCAUUUUUACGAGUUUGCCUUGCAGAUAAUGAAGCAAGAAGAAUAGUAUGUGUAUUUGGCAUGCUGUCUGAGGAGAGGGCUCCGAGCUUGGUUAUUUUUUCCAGAACCCGGGGCACUUCCACCCUUGUCCGAGGGGAGGGCUCUGAGCUUGGCAUUUGCCUGAACGGACAGCGCCCCCACCCCUUAGGAACGGGUCGAUAGUGAGGAUUCGGGGUGGCGGAGGGAUAAUGAAAGUCUAGAGAGAAUGAAAGUAUGGCUGCUAUGAUUAUUUAUAGUGGUUCUCUCUCGUGGUGGUUGGAUAGAUUAAGCAUUUACUGUUAGUGAUUUGGCCGGGUUGAUUAUCUGCGUGUGCUCCUUCUGAAAUUUGUCAAUAAAACAUCACUUAGUGUGCUUGUACGGUUGUGUUUGGAAAACAGAAAGGCGGUAGCAUACAGUCAGGAUAGAAAAUGUCCAGAUAGACCAAAAACUAUAUACUGGAGUGGAAGAAAUGAGUAGGCUUUAGAAAAGAUGUCAAAAUCAAAGAUCAGACUAAGACUAAUCAUAACACUUCAUCCAUGAAAAAGUACAAAGAAAUACAGAUCAUGAUGGUGUUCACGUUGGCAUCAAAUGACAGAUUUGUUCCAGAUUGCUGUUAUUAAGAUUACAUGAAAUUAUUGUGAGAGGUAAUUAUUUCUUUAAACUCACGGCUUUCAUUUGUCUGCUGUAAUUUGUCAGU